GCCGCCACCUCCACCACGGUGCGCACCAACAGCAAAGCAAUGGCCGCCGCGACCGCAACCACCUCCCGCCCGCUUCUGCUCCCCCGCCAGCAGGCGGUGGCCAGCUUCCUCCAAUGCGGCCUCCCCAGGAGGACCGGAGGCGGCCUCUUCGCCGGCCAGGCUUCGGCUCCGAGCAUGCGGUGCAUGGCGGUCGUGGACGCGGCCUCGGCGCCGGUAGCAAAGCCUAAAACAAGGAGCAGCUACGAUAUCAUCACCCUGACGACGUGGCUGCUGAAGCAGGAGAUGGCCGGGGUCAUCGAUGGCGAGAUGACCAUCGUGCUGUCCAGCAUCUCCACCGCGUGCAAGCAGAUUGGGUCACUGGUGCAGCGCGCGCCCAUCUCCAACCUCACUGGCGUCCAGGGUGCCACCAACGUGCAGGGUGAGGACCAGAAGAAGCUCGACGUCAUCUCCAACGAGGUGUUCUCGAACUGUCUGAGGUCGAGCGGGCGCACCGGCGUGAUCGCAUCGGAGGAGGAGGACGUGCCGGUGGCGGUGGAGGAGAGCUACUCGGGAAACUACAUCGUGGUGUUCGACCCGCUCGACGGCUCCUCCAACAUCGAUGCCGCCGUCUCCACCGGCUCCAUCUUCGGCAUCUACAGCCCCGCCGACGAGUGCCUCGCCGGCAUCGGCGACAACCCAACCCUUGACGAGGUGACGCAGAUGUGCGUGGUGAAUGUGUGCCAGCCGGGGACCAACCUGCUGGCCGCCGGCUACUGCAUGUACUCGAGCUCCAUCAUCUUCGUGCUCACCAUCGGCACCGGGGUGUACGUGUUCACGCUGGACCCAAUGUACGGCGAGUUCGUGCUGACGCAGGAGAAGGUGCAGAUCCCCAAAUCUGGCAAGAUCUACUCCUUCAACGAGGGCAACUACGCGCUCUGGGACGACAAGCUCAAGAAGUACAUGGACAGCCUCAAGGAACCCGGCACCUCCGGCAAGCCCUACUCUGCCCGCUACAUCGGCAGCCUCGUCGGCGACUUCCACCGCACCAUGCUCUACGGCGGCAUCUACGGCUACCCCAGGGACACCAACAGUAAGAAUGGCAAGCUGCGGCUGCUCUACGAGUGCGCGCCCAUGAGCUUCAUCGCAGAGCAGGCUGGCGGCAAAGGCUCCGAUGGCCACCAGAGGGUACUUGACAUUAUGCCCACAGAGGUCCAUCAGAGAGUGCCUCUGUACGUUGGAAGCGUGGAGGAAGUAGAGAAGGUGGAAAAGUUCUUGGCUUGAGAUUAGAGCAUGAGUGAAGAUACAGUGGCUGUGUCGUCGAAAAAAUUAUUGCAACUAAUAUAUGUCAUAGAAGUUUUCUUUUGUGAUGAUGCAAAUCCAUUUUGAAGAAUUGGAUUGUGACUUUG